CCUGGCUCAAAAUAAAAAUAUCGAAAAGCGGAAACGCGCUCUGUCAUUCCAAAAAUCGUGCUUCAAGGAAGAAGUUUCCGGAUAUAUUGGAGUUGGACCUAAACCUAACUAAAGCAUAAUCUUUACUGAUAGAAGUUAUCUCUUUAGGAGAAGAGUCUUUCAUAGAAUACAGAUUCCAGGUUACAAACCAGCUCGUGCUUUCACUGCUGAAAUCAUCUUAAUCAUUUUAAAGAAAAAGAAGAAUCCGAUACAAUGAAGUACUGGAGGGAUGUGGGAAUUUCCUAUAUCCAAUUUUCUAACAUUGCGGCCCGCGUUGUUCGUGAAGCACUUCGAGCGGAGUUGCGUGCAGCUGCCGCCAGACGAAAUGUGAGCCAUGUGAGGUUCACUCCAUGGGUCGACGGAAAGCCAGUGCCCCGCAAGAAGGAAGAUCCUGAGCCCGAAUCUUAAAUGCAUUGGUGGCUAGAUCUGCGCAAGCUGCCAUGAUUCUACAAGAACCAAACUAAGAAACUCAAAUAAAUUUGAAUCAUUGCAAAACUA